AUGGACCCAAUUUUGUUCAAAACGCCUGCUCUUUCUUCCGAGACGCUCGAACGACCGCCCUCGUAUGGUGCCGACGAGCAAGAUGACGAGCGUGUAGGAUUUGCGGUUAAGCAGACAACGACGACGGUGACAACGACAACGACAACAACUACAAGCUUCUUUCCUCGUCUGAAACGCAGAGUUACAGCCGUCAGAAAGCCCUCUGAGCCCGUGGUGACCAUCGAGAGUGAGCCCAGGGCAGCGCUGCUGAUCAACAAGGAUCUUCCAGAUAUCCCUGUAGCUCACCCGAACGCAAAGGUGGCCUCUCAGCGUCGUCCAAGAACUGCAGAUCCCGUCGUUUAUACGACCUCGUCGACCGUUGCGGCAUCUGUCCCGUUUGCAUUAGCCCACGCAUCUCUAGGUGCAGAAGUUUCUCAAAUCAUCUCACAAAACGCGUCUCUGCCUCUGAAUCCCCAAGCAGAGCCCCUCCAUAGACCGUCCACGGCGACCAAAGCUGAGCGGAGCACCCACAAACGCCUAUCAUUAUCAUUAUCAAGCAGUACAUACACUUCACCUUCUGUAACCUCACCUAUACCUCCCAACUCGGCUUACAGUGGUCUGGGAGAUUCGAGAGCAAAUAGUACAAAUUCACAGACAUCUCCCACCUCCUGGAACUCUCCUCCAGCGAGCAUCUUCGACUCUUCUCAGACGAGAAACGGAUCCUUCAACUCUCCCACCGAUCUUUCGGGCGGUAAACAAAUCGCUCGACGUGCAUCUUGGUGGGGACGACGACGACAGGACUCACCUUCUCCUAUGACGGAAAUCUCUCCAUCACCGCGGGGUACCGAAGGAACGAGCGAACCACCGCUGUUCCCCUCCGAACUCAAAGCCCCUCGAGUUCCUCAUCGAGCCACCUCUUCGUCGCCCCUUACACCACGAAUGGACGCAUCAGAGAAACAUCGUGCCCAGACGAUUGGAACGUCCGUCACCGGUGUCGUCGACUUGACGCAGUCACCCUCCGCGGAACUAGACGCGCCAAACUUCUCUUCCUCGCCGAAGCAAGGCGGGUCCCAAUCUGACCACGUCAACAAGUCUGCAUCAUCCCUCUCUGGAGAAAACUUUGCUUCCGCAUUGAGCGGGCUCACGUCUGGUGCCUCCUCUCGUAAUAGACCACGCGCUCUUUCCCUCUUCCUGAGGCCAUCCACUGCCAGCUCCGAGUCUGCAUCAGUAUCACACUCGCCAUUGGCUCCGAGCUCUGGUGCCGCGCAUCCACGGGUUCGAGCAGCACAAUCUCCCCCACUCCUUCGCCGAAUAUCGUCAACUCUAUUCUCUCAUUCACCCUAUUCAUCCACAUCUCCUACACCCAAUUCUUCCCUUUCCGUCUCCGGCAUGUUCUCAGACGAUGCAGUCGUCAGCUCUCCAGCUCCUUUUAUUCCAAAACCCAGGAUUGACGAGGAGACGCCCGAGUCAUACAUGGAACGGCUGCUCGAAGCCGUUAGCAAGGCAGAGGUUGCGAGCGUUCUUGCCUCAAAGGGCGAUGAGUUCCAUGUCAAGGCACUGAAGGCGUAUCUGCAGAGAUUCACAUUUACACACGACCCUCUUGAUAUUGCCAUUCGCCGCCUGCUCAUGGAUUUGUCUCUCCCGAGGGAAACCCAGCAAAUUGAUCGCGUCAUGGAAGCAUUCUCAGCACGGUAUAUGGAGUGCAACCCCGGAAUUUUCACUGACAAAGAUCAUGCCUAUAUUCUUGCUUUCAGUUUGAUCAUGCUCCACACAGAUGCCUUCAACAAGAGCAAUAAAACGAAGAUGACCAAGGCGGCAUAUGUCAAGAAUGCUCGACUUCCUGGUAUGCGCCCAGAGGUCCUCGAGUACUUCUAUGAUAACAUCGUCUUUGCGCCAUUCAUCUUCAUUGAAGAUCCCGUUGAUAUCAAUGGGCAGCGCGGGUUCACAGCUGAUUCCGCAUCCUCAACCUCGAGCUUCUUGAAGCAGUCCAACAAAAUUGAUCCAUACUAUCUCAUUGCACGGAACCUAUUGGAUCCUCUUCGUGUCGACGUCGAGCAAUAUGUUCCCAGUAUCGAUCCCUAUCGCUACCUGGGAACAGCAGAGUCCUGGGACUACGAGGAGCUGCGUCAGGCAUUUGCUCGGGCAAGCAUAGUGGAGCUCGGGGAUCGAGAUCCCAGUCGUCGAAUGUCGGCAGCUCAUCUCAACCUUGCAUUUUCGGGCUUUACCAAUACUGCACCGACCGUCAUACCGCUCACGAUGGCGACACAUAGUGGAAUCUCGCCAACGGCGUUCAAUGACGUAUGGACAUUCAAGUUGACCAAGAUUGGGAUCAUGAAUCGCAAAGAGGACACAGUAGAAGGCGGGAAAAAGGCGACAGCUCGCAAAUGGCGGCAGUUCAAAGUUGCUCUCACCGGCUCGCAGCUAUUGUUCUUCAGGGAUCUGCGAUGGGAUCAGGCUCUGAUCCAGCGCCCGGGAUCGAGGAAUACAUGGAUGCUUCCUCCUGGGUACAUGGUGAAACCGGACGAAAUUAUCUCUGUCAACGAUGCGGUGGCUAUCCUGGAUCUAUCCUACCAAAAGUAUCGCAACACAUUCAGGCUUCUCCUACCGAAAGGGCGACAGUUUUUGCUGCAAGUUUUGGAUGAACAUGAGCUUAACGAAUGGCUCGCGCGCAUAAAUUAUGCUAGCGCAUUCAAGACUGCAGGCGUGCGAAUGCGUCCAACCGCUUUGUCGAGUAAGGAUGUAGAGUUGACAGGAAUCGCUGCAGCAAAUUCCCAUGCGCGAGAGAGCCGCUUGGUGCAGCCUUAUCCCAACGGGCACUCUCAAGGGAUCCAUGAUUGGAAGUCUCCUGCCGGUGAGGAGCUUGAGACCCCACCAGAGGACAAUGAUGAUCAGGAUAAUACUGCCUCAGAAGUGUCAAGCCUGCAUCCCCCGACUAGGACUGGCCUCCUUCCCAUUAAUCGCUCUACGGCGGCGCUCGACGUUGAGAGUGCCGAGGAUCUCGUCAAGGAGGAUGCCGCGCAAAUCAAAGCCACGUUUGAAGACGUCAAGGCAGAACUGGCAGCUGGACCCCGCACAUUGCCAGACUCCAAGGAACUGGGCGCGGCUCGCGCUCAGCUUGCCGGACCUUCCUUGCGGAAGCAGCCGUCUUGGACGGCUCGAAGCUCUGAAGACAUUGAGCUGUCGAGGGAGCGGCUGUCCUCUAGAGGCACCGUUUUGCAAUUGAAGAUUGCAGAGAUAGAAACGAGGAUCUCGACGCUCCAAACCCAGCUCGAUGCUGACCUUCUCUUCUCCCGCAAUGUCGCCAUCAGCACUCCCUUCCAAAACGUGACAAGGACCAGGCUCCAAGAACAUGUACGCCGCAUUUCGAGAAGAGUGGCGCAAGCGCGUCUGGAGUUGGUGAAAUUACGAUGUCAUUUGGAGGUUCUCCAUACAGAUUUUGUGGAUGAGGAGCGCCAGCGAUAUCACACGACAAGAACCGCUCUGAAGAUCGCGACGGCCACACUUCGACGACGGUUGGAAGAUCAGCCAACGCCCAGGGUACCGUCACCCGAGUCUAUUGCGCUGGCGGCAGCGGACAGAUUCUCCCCUCCUUCACAAAGCAGUUUUCAUACACGACACGGGUCGUCAUCUUCGUCUGCACCGAGUAGUACCGUCUCCAGUGGUACGGUCAAUGCCCACCUAGGGUCAAGCAAACCGACGAACCCGAAUCCGUUCACUCUUCGCCCAAGUGUGGCGAAACACAACCAAGAAUUCCCACUCUCGCCUGAGGAUCCUGACGCCGCUGUGGAUGAUUUCUCUCCCGGCGGCAAGCCAGAAGAGGCAGAAGAGUGGAACAAGACACGGGCUGCGAAGCGAGUUUCGCUUGUCACGGUUCGUGCCGAUGCUCUCCGCCCUUUCGUCAAUCGUGGAACCGCCGAAGAUGCUCUGGAGCAGCUUCAAGAGUAA